CUCAACCAACAACAGAUCAUUUUUGCCACAACAGGCAGUGCAGAGCUAAACAAAGCCGCGGUGAGUUGUUUAUGGUGGGAAAGUUGAUAUGUAGCAACGAAUAAAAUGAAUAUAAACAAUUGAUUAAACGUUGUUUUUGUAACGUAGCUACUUUAUCUGUAUUGAAAAGGUGAAGUUUGCCGAAUAUUUUGUUUUUUCAGCAAGAUAGCUUGUUAGUUAAACAAACACAAUGUCUUCAUCGCUACGCUAACCAGCUACCGUUAGCUAGCAACAAAGCUAACAGUGAGUCCUAGUCAAUGGCUAAGGUUAGCUAAUUUAGCUAGCUAAGUUAGCGACAGUGAUUGGCAUCUAACACUAAUUUAGCUAGUGAAUGGCUUCUGUUUACAAGCAUAUAUUUAUUUUCUGGAUAGCCACUAUGGCUAGUAACUAGCUAAGUUAGCUGUGUUUCCAUCCGUAUCACAGUAUCCAGCGAUAGCCAACUAACUAGCCGCCGUAAAUUAAUUUUGUUGACCAACUAGCCAGGUAAUGUUAAUAAGCUGUCUAACGUUAGCUAGCUACAGUAACUCUGCUAGUACCUAUUGUUAUCUAGCUGUUGGUGUUCAUCUGACAGUGUGCAGAAAAUCGAAAGUCGGUCAGCUAGCUAACGUUAACUGUUAACUAGUUAGCUGGCCAAAUAAAUGAACAAGUUUAGCUUCCGUUAGUUAGUUAAUCCGGCUUCUUCUGGCCAACAGUCAGUUGUAGCUACCAUUUCAGUCUUUGAUUAAGUGUUUCAGCUGAACUAACAAACGUAAGCUAGUUAGCUAGCUAUGUUGCUAGCUAAGUGAUAGCCUUAUUAACGUGUAGUUGGAUAAACAAAUCGUUAAUUAUCAAGCUAGUAGGUCAACCUUUCACAUCUUGUCCCAUCUGUGUGCCACCUAGUUAGCUAACUGUCAUUGUCUCCCGCCUGUCUUUCAACACAGGGGAAAGAUGCACUACUAUCGUUAUGAAAAUGCAGAAGUCAGCUGCUGCUACAAGUACCUCAUGUUCAGCUACAACAUCAUCUUUUGGGUAAGUAGUAAUAGCAGUAGCCCUGUAAACCAUGAGUAAUGCAGACAUGCUGUGACACCCCGUUGUCUCAUUUGGUGCUAUGCUAUGAAUGUAGUUAUGAAGAUACUGUAUAGUUGGCCUGCGCUAUGAGUCAGCCUAGCAGACUAAACUCCACUCUGGUGAAGGAAGUUUAUGAUUAACUUUACCAACAGAGUGGAGCAGAGACCAGACUUUGUGGAAUCUAGCUCUCAGACUCGAUUUGCCCAAGGUCAAUACUUAACAAAAGUUAAAUCAUGAAUUGCAUACCUUGUACUUAUGUUUGUCCUCUGUAGUUGCGUGCCUUUCUUUCAUUUCAAUAAACAACUUUUUAGGCUAUAAAACAGGGGUCUCCAACCUUUUCUAGCAUGAAUGCUGCUUUUAAAAAAUGAAACAUGUUGUGAGCUACUAAUUUUUUUCUCUAGCUUUCAGAUAGGCACAUUCAUCUCUCCCCUGCAAUGUUUCCCGGUUCCUUAGUGUACAAGAGAAAGUAGUGCACUAUAUUUUGUCUGUGAAUAUACCUGGUACAAUAAUGUUAAUAAAGAACUCUGAGGGGGCCCUAUAUAAUCUGCAAUAUCCUCCCCACCCCAAAUUAUGUUUUACAUUUUCUUUGUUUUAUCUUUCCUGGUUUUAGAUUUGUUUUGUUUUUCACUCAAAAAAUUACAAUUCUUCAUAGAGAAACAACGAAAUUGGAUGUUCUGAGUCAAUGUGAAGACUAUCUUUUUUUUUGGGGGGGGGGAAGAAACCUACCUACUCAUUGCUAUUUUCAACAUUGUAGAAUAAUAGUGAAGACAUCAAAACUAUGAAAUAACACAUAUGGAAUCAUGUAGUAACCAAAAAAGUGUUAAACAAAUCAAAAUAUAUUUUAUAUUUGAGAUUCUUCAAAUAGCCACCCUUUGCCUUGAUGACAUCUUUGCACACUCUUGGCAUUCUCUCAACCAGCUUCAUGAGGUAGUCACCUAAAAUGCAUUUAAAUUAACAGGUGUGCCAAAGUUAAAAGUUAAUUAGUGGAAUUUCUUUCCUUAAUGAGUUUGAGUCAAUUAGUUGUGUUGUGACGAGGUCGGGGUGGUCCAAGUCCAUAUUAUGGCAAGAACAGCUCAAAUAAGCAAAGAGAAACGACAGUCCAUCAUUACUUUAAGACACGAAGGUCAGUUAAUCUUGAAAAUCUCAAGAACUUUCAAAGUUUCUUCAAGUGCAGUCGCAAAAACCAUCAAGCGCUAUGAUGAAACUGGCUCUCAGAAUUGUUUGGCCAGCUACUCAUAGGUGGGCUGCAGGCUAAUGGUAGCUCGCGAUCAACCUGUUGGAGACCCCUGCUAUAAAAUUAUUGUAUCUUUCUAUGAUUUCUCUCUCGUUAUUUCUCAGUAUCUCUGGAUAGAAAAUGAGGCCUGUCAAUAAAGUAAUGUGCAAAAUGUUAUUGGUCGACACACCAUCUGUAGAUUGUGUGAUUUGAUUGGACAAUGAGUAUUUGGAGACCUAGGCCUACGUCAUCGGAGAAUCAAUUGACACAUGCGCUAAGCUGCCAUCUUUGAGAAACAGAAAUGAGCAAAAGUCGGUUGUAUUUGAUUAACAUUUAUUGAGAAAGUAUGGAUUUCAGCAAACAAUGAAUGGUCUGCAACUACAGAGGACAAACAUUGGUACACGGUAGGUGUUUAAUGAUUUACAUUUUUUUGAAGUAUUGACCUUGGGGGAAUCGAUGUAGUCUGAGCUAGAUUCCACAAAGCCUGGUCUCUGCUCCACUCUGUUGGUGAAGUUCGUCAUAAGCGUCCUUCAACGUGGAGUUUAGUCUGCUAGAGUCAGCCAUGGCCAGUAAUCAGAUACUCUUAAAUCCAGGCAUACACUACACGAUUUGACCCUGAUUUAGCUGUCCCAGACACGUUUUUGAGAUCAGAGACAAAAUCCCCAUGUUGUUGCCUGCAAAAUCCUAGACGUCCCAAUAUUUUCAAACAUAUUUUAUCACCACAAAGUCGGCAAUGCUCUUGUAGUGAGAUGGGCAACAACAUGUUUUGAGAACGGUGAUCAGCAAUGAGAGCUUGCCAGAGAAGAAGCCAGUGAGAUGAUGACGUAUCGCUUCACCCAGAAUGAGUAGACUGUCGAGCAUGAGCGAUUACUACUAGUAUUCGUUUGUACUUGUCUUUAACCAAAGCCAGUGUCAAAUCGUUACAACUCUGAAGUUCACAAGCAAUGUUACUCAAUUCAAAAUGUAUAGGCUAGAUAAUUCAACUCUGUAUGGCAAGCGUGAAUUUCUGACUGAAUGCGUUUGAGGCUGCUUUGAGACACAACUCGUUCCAGCUACGUUAACAGUCUAAUCACAUCACUCAUUGUUUCUGGGAGACAGCGUGGUAUCGAGAAUCCUCACAACCAAGUGAAGAAUCUUGUAGUGUGUGACCCCCUGUCUGUGCCACAUCGUUUAGUGUGCACACCACUACGUUGGCAAGACAAAAAACUACAGGAAAGGCGUUUGUUUAAUGUGAGGGUCAGCAAUGUUAGGAUUUUGAAAGUCGUGUAGUGUACGCCCGGCAUAAGGGGGAGCAUAUAGCAGUCCCUCCAGGAUUCUGUGAUCGCAACAUAUUUAGCAAAAAAAACUCACUAUGAUAUUUGCUAGCUUCCUCUCUUGGUCUGUGUCAACAGGAAAUAUAGAAACGCUUCUGUUUUGGAUUUUGGUUAAGAGCGCUAAUUCAUCUCUUGAUAGGGCAGUUGUAGUCUGAGUGCAAGGAUACGCGAUAACCACUUAUGACACAUGUCUUCCUGUUUUUUUGCAAUUUCUUGAGAAUUUUGGUGCACCUUUGUAAUUACAGGCGUUGUCAGUGUUUUCGUUAUUAGCAGGCUCCCUCUUUUAUACAUCAUUAUUAUUUAAUAUUCUUUAGUGGCAGACGUUUCCCUAAUGCCUAUAUGAAAUAUAAAAGUAGACAACUGAACACACAAAGUAAAAAAUGUAAACACACCAGAAAAAUACUCUGCUUCCUUCCUCAGCUUGCUGGAGCAGCAUUCAUCGCCAUUGGGUUCUGGGCCUGGAGUGAGAAGGUGAGUGAGCAGCUUCUCCCAUUGUCCUGUAAAUGUUUCAACACCAUACAGACAGCUGAUCUCUGCCCAAUGACUGUGUUUGUAUAAUUGUGUUUGCGCCAGACCUUCAACCCACAGACUGGUUGGCAGUCUAAUACAGGAUUGUCCAGUCACUUAUCACUGCCAUCACAUCUUUUAAAAGAUUCACAUUCACAACCAUCAAAUUCACAUUUAAUUGUUACACACAGCUUGAAACUUUAGCUGAUAACACAUUUUAAUCGAAAUGUCUGUAAGCAUGUCUGUUCUAUAGGGUUGAACCGCUACAUUAGAGGUUAUUCAAAUGUGUAUUGGACCUAUUAAUGUUACAAGAUAACACGCCAGCUUUUAAUCACAGAUACCCCAUGUAAUUUAUUAAAUAAUUUAAUUAUUUAUCAUGUGGCAUUCAUUAUUCUCGUAAUGACUGUCAACUUGCAUGUUGAUGCUGUGCUUGAAAUGGUAUCAGCCUCUGUGUCAUCCAUGUCUGAAAGGCCAUACAGUAAUUUAAUUCACCAGUGGUACUGUGUUGCCAUGCACAAUAGCCUGGGUGUCUGUUAGCUCAACAGUUAUCUCAGCUGUUCUCACUCCUGUAGGGAGUACUGUUGGACCUGACACAGGUGACACGGCUGCAUGGCUUUGACCCCGUGUGGCUAGUGCUGUUGGUGGGAGCGAUCACCUUCAUCCUGGGCUUCGCAGGAUGUGUAGGGGCACUAAGGGAGAACAUAUGCCUCCUCAAGUUUGUGAGUACUGUACCACCACAACAAUACUCUUUCUAUUUCUCUUGCUCUUUCUCUGUCUCUCUUGGGUCUCUCGUAGCAUACUGAUAGCAUACAGGUACACAUUUUAGCUGCUCUUACAAGUGGGGCUGUGACGGUCAUGGAAUUUUGGAUGACAGUUAUUGGUCAGCCAAAUGACCGCGGUCACUGUAAAAACCAUUUGAGUAGAAAAAAGUAAUCGUUCUCCUGUCCUCUGCUCCUGACUGCAUGUGCUGCUGUAUACGUGAUGGUAUAGCGGGUGGACUGGUGGCCAUUGUGAGUUUACCCAUAGGAGCAAAGCAGGAAGUAUACCCAUCAAUAUGUGCUGUGAUUUUGUUGAUUCGACUCAAGUGACAUUACAAAAAAUAUAUUCCAUUGCAUGAGCCACAUCAGUUAACAUCAUACAUUCUACUUUACCAUGGAAAUUAUUGCAUGAAAAUACCAGGCAGCCAGUGCGAGUUUACCCAUGAAAUUGCCAGGGUUAGAGGUUCCAAGCAAGUUCUAUUCAUUCAAAAAUGUUUGUGCUGCUGCUGCAGGGGAGGGGGCAUUACCUACGCAAUGCCUUGCUUGUUUCAGCAAGAAGCUUGUGCAAAGGCCGGUUGGAUGUACUGCCAAAUGUUCUAAAAGACAUUGGAGGCAGCUUAUGGUAGAGAAAGGAACAUUCAAUUCUCUGGCAGCAGCUCUGGUGGACAUUCCUGCAGUCAGCAAGCCAAUUGCGCGCUACCUCAAAAUUUGAGACAUCUGUGGCAUUUUGUUAUGUCACAAAAAUGCAAAUUUGUGUGUAUUUUUAUUGUCACCAGCACAAGGUGCACCUGUGUAAUGAUCAUGCUGUUUAAUCAGCUUCUUGAUAUGCCACACCUGUCAUGUGGAUGGAAUAUCUUGGCAAAGUAGAAAUGCUCACUAACAGGGAUAAAAGCACAUUUGUGCCUUUUUUUUGUUGAGAAAUAAGCUUUUUGUGCAUAUGGAACAUUUCUGGGAUCUUUUAUUUCUGCUCCUGAAACAUGGGACCAACACUUUACUUUUUUGUUGUGUUUAUAUUUUUGUUCAGUACCAGUCAAAACUAUGAAAUAACACAUAUGGAAUCAUAUAGUAACCAAAAAAGUGUUACACAAAUCAAAAUAUAUUCUUCAAAUAGCCACCCUUUGCCUUGAUGACAGCUUUGCCCGCUCUUGGCAUUCUCUCAACCAGCUUCACCUGGAAUACUUUUCCAACAGUCUUGAAGGAGUUCCCACAUAUGCUGAGCACUUGUUGGCUGCUAUUCCAUCACUCUGCCCUCCGACUCAUCCCAAACCAUCUCAACUGUGUUGAGGUCAGGGGAUUGUGGAGGCCAGGUCAUCUGAUGCAGCACUCCAUCACUCUCCUUCUUGGUCAAAUAGCACUUACAGUGGGGGAAAAAAGUAUUUAGUCAGCCACCAAUUGUGCAAGUUCUCCCACUUAAAAAGAUGAGAGGCCUGUAAUUUUCAUCAUAGGUACACGUCAACUAUGACAGACAAAAUUAGGGAAAAAAUUCAGAAAAUCACAUUGUAGGAUUUUUAAUGAAUUUAUUUGCAAAUUAUGGUGGAAAAUAAGUAUUUAGUCAAUAACAAAAGUUUCUCAAUACUUUGUUAUAAACCCUUUGUUGGCAAUGACACAGGUCAAACGUUUUCUGUAAGUCUUCACAAGGUUGUCACACACUGUUGCUGGUAUUUUGGAACAGGUUGAGAGCUUCAAGUUCCUUGGUGUCCACAUCACCAACGAACUAUCAUGGUCCAAACACACCAAGACAGUCGUGAAGAGGGCACGACAAAGCCUAUUCCCCCUCAGGAGACUAAAAAGAUUUGCCAUGGGUCCUCAGAUCCUCAACAAAUUCUACAGCUGCACCAUCGAGAGCAUCCUGACUGGUUGCAUCACCGCCUGGUAUGGCAACUGCUUGGCCUCCGACCGCAAGGCACUACAGAGGGUAGUGCGUACGGCCCAGUACAUCACUGGGGCAAAGCUUCCUGCCAUCCAGGACCUCUAUACCAGGCGGUGUCAGAGGAAGGCCCUCAAAAUUGUCAAAGACUCCAGCCACCCUAGUCAUAGACUGUUCUCUCUGCUACCGCACGGCAAGCGGUACCGGAGUGCCAAGUCUAGGUCCAAAAGACUUCUCAACAGCUUCUACCCCCAAGCCAUAAGACUCCUGAACAGCUAAUCAUGGCUACCCAGACUAUUUGCACUGCCCCCCCACCCCAUCCUUUUUACGCUGCUGCUACUCUAAGUAUUUAUGCAUAGUCACUUUAACUCUACCCACACGUACAUAUUACCUCAACUACCUCAACUAGCCGGUGCCCCCGCACAUUGACUCUGCAACGGUACCCCCCUGUAUAUAUAGCCUCCCUACUGUCACUUUAUUUUACUUCUGCUCUUUUUUUUCUCAACACUUUUUUUUGUUGUUGUUUUAUUCUUACUUUUUUUGUUUAAAAUAAAUGCACUGUUGGUUAAGGGCUGUAAGUAAGCAUUUCACUGUAAUGUCUGCACCUGUUGUAUUCGGCGCAUGUGACCAAUAAAAUUUGAUUUGAUUUGAUUUGAUUUUGGCCCAUUCCUCCAUGCAGAUCUCCUCUAGAGCAGUGAUGUUUUGGGGCUGUUGCUGGGCAACACGGACUUUCAACUCCCUCCAAAGAUUUUCUAUGGGGUUGAGAUCUGGAGACUGGCUAGGCCACUCCAGGACCUUGAAAUGCUUCUUACGAAGCCACUCCUUCGUUGCCCGGGCAGUGUGUUUGGGAUCAUUGUCAUGCUGAAAGAUCCAGCCACGUUUCAUCUUCAAUGCCCUUGCUGAUGGAAGGAGGUUUUCACUCAAUCUCACGAUACAUGGCCCCAUUCAUUCUUUCCUUUACAUGGAUCAGUCGUCCUGGUCCCUUUGCAGAAAAACAUCCCCAAAGCAUGAUGUUUCCACCCCCAUGCUUCACAGUAGGUAUGGUGUUCUUUGGAUGCAACUCAGCAUUCUUUGUCCUCCAAACACGACGAGUUGAGUUUUUACCAAAAAGUUAUAUUUUGGUUUCAUCUGACCAUAUGACAUUCUCCCAAUCCUCUUCUGGAUCAUCCAAAUGCACUCUAGCAAACUUCAGACGGGCCUGGACAUGUACUGGCUUAAGCAGGGGGACACGUCUGGCACUGCAGGAUUUGAGUCCCUGGCGGCGUAGUGUGUUACUGAUGGUAGGCUUUGUUACUUUGGUCCCAGCUCUCUGCAGGUCAUUCACUAGGUCCCCCCGUGUGGUUCUGGGAUUUUUGCUCACUGUUCUUGUGAUCAUUUUGACCCCACGGGGUGAGAUCUUGCGUGGAGCCCCAGAUCGAGGGAGAUUAUCAGUGGUCUUGUAUGUCUUCCAUUUCCUAAUAAUUGCUCCCACAGUUGAUUUCUUCAAACCAAGCUGCUUACCAAUUGCAGAUUCAGUCUUCCCAGCCUGGUGCAGGUCUACAAUUUUGUUUCUGGUGUCCUUUGACAGCUCUUUGGUCUUGGCCAUAGUGAAGUUUGGAGUGUGACUGUUUGAGGUUGUGGACAGGUGUCUUUUAUACUGAUAACAAGUUCAAACAGGUGCCAUUAAUACAGGUAACGAGUGGAGGACAGAGGAGCCUCUUAAAGAAGAAGUUACAGGUCUGUGAGAGCUAGAAAUCUUGCUUGUUUGUAGAUGACCAAAUACUUAUUUUCCACCAUAAUUUGCAAAUAAAUUCAUUAAAAAUCCUACAAUGUGAUUUUCUGGAAUUUUCUUUCUCAAUUUGUCUGUCAUAGUUGACGUGUACCUACCUAGGCCUCUCAUCUUUUUUUAAGUGGGAGAACUUGCACAAUUGGUGGCUGACUACAUACUUUUUUCCCCCACUGUAUACAGCCUGGAGGUGUGUUGGGUCAUUGUCCUGUUGAAAAACAAAUUAUAGUCCCACUAAGCCCAAACCAAAUGGGAUGGCGUAUCGCUGCAGAAUGCUGUGGUAGCCAUGCUGGUUAAGUGUGCCUUGAAUUCUAAAUAAAUCACAGAAUGUCACCAGCAAAGCACCCCCACACCAUAACUCCAUGCUUUACGUUGGGAAUUACAGAUGCGGAGAUCAUCUGUUCACCCACACGCGUCUCACAAAGACACAGCGGUUGGAACCAAAUAUCUCUAAUUUGGACUCCAGACCAAAGGACAAAUUUCCACCGGUCUAAUGUCCAUUGCUUGUGUUUCUUGGCCCAAGCACGUCUUUUCUUCUUAUUGGUGUCCUUUAGUAGUGGUUUCUUUGCAGCAAUUCGACCAUGAAGGCCUGAUUCACACAGUUCCCUCUGAACAGUUGAUGUUGAGAUGUGUCUGUGACUUGAACUCUUUGAAGCAUUUAUUUGGUCUGCAAUUUCUGAGGCUGGUAACUGUAAUGAACUGUAAUGAACUUAUCCUCUGCAGCAGAGGUAACUCUGGGUCUUCCAUUCCUGUGGCGGUCCUCAUUGAGAGCCAGUUUCAACAUAGCGCUUGAUGGAUUUUGCUACUGCACUUGAAGAAACUUUCGAAGUUCUUGAAAUAUUCCGUAUUGACUGACCUUCAUGUCUUAAAGUAAUGAUGGACUGUCGUUUCUCUUUGCUUAUUAGAGCUGUUCUUGCCAUAAUAUGGACUUGGUCUUUUACCAAAUAGGCCAACUUCUGUAUACCUCCCAUACCUUGUCACAACACAACUGAUUGGCUCAAACGCGUUAAGAAGGAAAGAAAUUCCACAAAUUGACUUUUAAGAAGGCACACCUGUUAAUUGAAACACAUUCCAGGUGACUACCUCAUGAAGCUGGUUGAGAGAAUGCAAGAGUGUGCAAAGCUGUCAUCAAGGCAAAGGGUGGCUACUUUGAAGAAUCUCAAAUAUAUUUUGUUUAACACUUUUUUUGGUUACUAUUUUUUUUGGUUCCAUAUGUGUUAUUUCAUAGUUUUGAUGCCUUCACUAUUAAUGUAGAAAAUACUAAAAAUUAAAGAAAAACCCUUGAAUGAGUAGGUGUGUCCAAACUUUUGAUUGGGACUGUAUGUACAGUGGGGGGGAGAAAGUAUUUAGUCAGCCACCAAUUGUGCAAGGAAAAAAGUAUUUAGUCAGCCAUCAAUUUGUCCUCAUCAAUCUACACACACUAACCUAUAAUGACAAAGCGAAACUGUUUUUAGAAAUGUUUGCUAAUUUAUAAUAAUAAAAAUAAACAGAAAUACCUUAUUUACAUAAGUAUUCAGAUGCUUUGCUAUGAGACUCGAAAUUGAGCUCUGGUGCAUCCUGUUUCCAUUGAUCAUCCUUGAUGUUUCUACAACUUGAUUGGACACCACCUGUGGUAAAUUCAAUUGUUUGGACAUGAUUUGGAAAGGCACAGACCUGUCUAUAUAAGGUCUACAGUUUACAGUGCAUGACAGAGCAAAAACCAAGCCAUGAGGUCGAAGGAGUUGUCCGUAGAGCUCCAAGACAGGACUAUGUUGAGGCACAGAUCUGGGGAAGGGUACCAAAAUAAUUCUGCAGCAUUGAAGGUCCCCAAGGACACAGUGGCCUCCAUCAUUCUUAAAUGGAAGAAGUUUGGAACCACCAAGACUCUUCCUAGAGCUGGCUGCCCGGCCAAAGUGAGCAAUCAGGGGAGAAGGGCCUUGGUCAGGGAGGUGACCAAGAACCUCAUGGUCACUCUGACAGAGCUCCAGAUUUCCUCUGUGGAGAUGGUUGUCCUUCUGGAAGGAUCUCCCAUCUCUGCAUGGUAGAUUGGCCAGACGGAACCUAUUGUUAGUAAAAGGCACAUGACAGCCAGCUUGGAGUUUACCAAAAGGCACCUAAAGGACUCUCAGACCAUGAGAAACAAGAUUCUCUUGUCUGAUGAAACCAAGAUUGAACUCUUUGGCCUGAAUGCAAAGUGUCACAUCUGGAGGAAACCUGGCACCAUCCCUACUGUGUAGCAUGGUGGAGACAGCUUCAUGCUGUGGGGAUGUUUAUAAGCUGCAGGGACUGGGAGACCAGUCAGGAUUGAGGGAAAGAUGAAUGGAGCAAAGUUCAUAGAGAUCCUUGAUGAAAACCUGCUCCAGAGCGCUCAGGACUUCAGACUGGGGCAAAGGUUCACCUUCCAACAGGAGAACGACCCUAAGCACACAGCAUGACAAUUCAAGAGUGGCUUCGGGACAAGUCUCAAUGUCCUUGAAUGGCCCAGCCAGAGCCCUGACUUGAACCCGAUCGAACAUCUCUGGAGAGACCUGAAUAUAGCUGUGCAGCGACUCUCCCCAUCCAACCUGACAGAGCUUGAGAGGAUCUGCAGAGAAGAAUGCGAGAAACUCACCAAAUACAGGUAUGCCAAGCUUGUAGCUUCAUACCCAAGAAGACUCGAUGCUGUAAUUGCUGGCAAAGGUGCUUCAGCAAAGUGGUGAGUAAAGGGUCUGAAUACUUAUGCAAAUGUGAUAUUUCUGUUUUAUUUUUAAUACAUUUGCAAAAACCCGUUUUUGAAUUGUCAUUAUGGAGUAUUGUGUGUAGAUUGAGGGGGGGGGGGGGGGGGGGGAACUAUUUAAUCCAUUAUAGAAUAAGGCUGUAACGUUGUAGAAAGUUUUGAUGUCUUCACUAUUAUUCUACAACGUAGAAAAUAGUAAAAAUAAAGAAAAACCCUGGAAUGAGUAGCUGUGUCCAAACUUUUGUUUGGUACUGUAUAUAGAUAGAUAGACGGAGAGAGAUUUACAUUAUUUUAUUUUCAUGUCAGUCUACAUCUAUAACAGUCUGUUACAGUUAUACGUUAAUUGUGCCAGCCCUACUUACAAGCCCUUUCUGUUGGCCCAGCUUGUGCUCCACUAGUCAGACAUGCUCCUAUGACUCCUCAGGCUAUACGAUGACUGACUAUAUAACAAGGUGUGUCCAUCUUAAUGAGUGUAAAUCCAUCAAUGAGGGAUUCCUUCAUUCACCACAUCCUUCAUUGAUUAGGGCAUGCAAUUGUUUUAUCUUUAUGGUGGGUUUUUUCUACCCAUGCAAAGCACUACCAAACCAUAUUAGCAAGAACACUACUGUCCUGUAUUUGAGUCUGUUGUCUCUGACUCUGAUGCUUCUCUAUCAGUCUCCCACCACGUGUAGUUAACUUGUUUUUCUCUUCCAGUUCUCGGGUGUGAUCGGGUUAAUCUUCUUCCUGGAAUUGACUGCGGCCGUGCUGGCGUUCGUUUUCCAGGACUACGUCAGAGAGUGGAUCAACGACUUCUUCCUGGCCAAUGUCAAGGCCUACAGAGAGGACAUCGACCUGCAGAACCUCAUCGACUCCCUGCAAAAGCUGGUGAGAGAGCUAUGCAGCGUGUGGCUGUGGGGGGUGGGUAAUGGGAUAUAGAGGCAGGGAGAAUGUGAGACACAAGGUGACCUAAUAACCUGCUGUCCCUCACAUCGGUUCUGUCACAUUGUUUCCUUCCUUUCCUCCUAACCCCUCCCCGAGAUUGUUCAUACAUCCCAGUGUUAGUGUGUGAUUGUGUGCUUGCUUUCACAAGCCUUGCUACAAUGGCCGGUUGUUCUCUGGGGACCUGAUGAUACUUGAACUGCUGUCCUUUAAGUGGAUAUGUGCUGUGUGCUCAGUCCUACACUGUCAGAUGUAUGGUAUGGAAACACACCUCAGGAGUUGGAGUGUGUUCGGUUCGUUAGAACCAUCUGACUCAAACUCCCCUCUAUUGUCUGUCCUAGAACCACUGCUGCGGAGCCAAGGAGCCUGACGACUGGAACCUGAACGUCUACUUCAACUGCACCAACAACAACCCCAGCAGAGAGAGGUGUGGAGUGCCCUUCUCCUGCUGCCUCAGUGACCCUACGGUGAGUAAUCUGCCUGCCCGUAUCUCCAUGUCUCUCUUGUGGGUUUCCCGAGUGGCGCAGUGGUCUAAGGCACUGCAUUGCAGUGCUAGCUGUGCCACUAGAUCCUGGUUCGAAUCCAGGCUCUGUCGUAGCCGGCCGUGACCGGGAGACCCAUAGGGCGGCGCACAAUUGGCCCAGCGUCGUCCAGGGUUGGGGAGGGAAUGGCCGGCAGGGAUGUAGCUCAGUUGGUAGAGCAUGGCGUUUUGGGUUCGAUUCCCACGGGGGGCCAGUAUGCAAAAUAAAAAAAAUAAUGUAUGCACUCAGUCGCUCUGGAUAAGAGUGUCUGCUAAAUGACUAAAAUGUAAUGUAAAAAAUGGUGUCAUUGCUCCUUCCGUAUCCGUCUCCUCUGAAUAAGUGACUCUGUACUAGUUGUUAUAACUGCCACUGUCAUACUCAUUUUUAGGUAUGCCUCGUUAGUCCUUGACACUGACAGGACUAAAUCGACCUGUUCCUUUCUCUCUCUCCUCAGGACUCAGUUUUAAACACCCAGUGUGGCUAUGAUGUCCGUAAACAUCUAAAGGUAUGACCCUAUCCAGUGCACACAUACACUGCCGUUCAAAAGUUUGGGGUCAUUUAGAAAUGUCCUUGUUUUCGAAAGAAAAGCAAAAAAAAUGGUCCAUUAAAAUAACAUACAAUUGAUCAGAAAUACAGUGUAGACAUUGUUAAUGUUGUAAAUGGCUAUUGUAGCUGGAAACGGCUGAUGUUUUUAUGGAAUAUCUUCAUAGGCGUACAGAGCCCAUUAUCAGCAACUAUCAGUCCUGUGUUCCAAUGGAACGUUGUGUUUGCUAAUCCAAGUUGUUCACUUUAAAAGGCUAAUUGAUCAUUAGAAAAUCCUUUUGCAAUUAUGUAAGCACAGCUGAAAACUGUUGUGCUGAUUAAAGAAGCAAUAAAACUGGCCUUCUUGAGACUAGUUGAGUAUUUGGAGCUCAAAAUGUCCAGAAACAAAUAACUUUAUUCCGAAGGCUAUUCUAUGUGAGAAAUUGCCAAGAAACUGAAGAUCUCGUACAACGCUGUGUACUACUCCCUUCACAGAACAGCGCUAACUGGCUCUAACCAGAAUAGAAAGAGGAGUGGGAGGCCCCGGUGCACAACUGAGCAAGAGCUGAGCUAUUUAGCAGACACUUUUAUCCAAAGUGACUUAUGUAUAUCCGCACACAGAAUCUGGAGAAAUUGCUAUUUCUCUUUACGAUAGCCUACUGCAUGUCUUAACUGUAUGUUUAUAUGGCCUAUAUAUGCAUCCAUGUCUAUUGUUUGCAACAAUCCACCUCUGUACUAGCUGUAGUAAGACUAUUGCUGUGAAAGUUAAACAUUUUAUUGAGAAAGUAAUAGAUUUCAGUGCAGAAAGUAAACUUCCAUUUCUUCUUACGGGUACAUAAUACAGGCUUUCGUGUAAUGUCAUUUAAACUGUAUCGACAGCGCCUUUCCUUCCCCAUUACCCAAAUGGGAGAAACACAAAUGUGGUGUUAUCACUGCUGAAUAAAAGGCAGGCUCCCUCCUGCCCCUGUUAAUCUCUUGUCACUACGAAGAACGGCAGGCUGAAAAUAAAUGAUCCUUUUUCUAUAUUUUUGGCCUAGUGUUCCAGUGGUCGCUCUUAAAGCUGGGGCUUAAAUUUGUUUUUCUGCAAAUCCACCCUGUUUUACAUCGGUUCUGGUCCCCUGGCUCAGAAUGAACUAUUCAUCUUCAUUGUUAUUCAAAGUUAUAAGGCAAACUGAUUUGUCUUUUUUGUUUGUCAGGAAAAACAAUGUCUUAGACACAGCAGAUGCUUCUAGAUAAAUGGGAGUUUUUAUUUUGAAAUGGAAGAGCUGAGUUUCACUAUUCAUCAUAUAUGACUCAUCAAUUCUUUAUAUAUUUUUUUAUGUUCUUGUUUGUCCUAUACCAGAUAUGUGCAGUGAAAUGUUGUUUUACAGGGUCAGCCAUAGUAGUUCGGCACCCCUGGAGAAAAUCAGGACAGAGUGCCUUGCUCAAGGGCACAUCGAGAGAUUUUUCACCUUGUUGGCUCGGGUAUUCGAACCAGCGACCUCUCGGUUACUGGCCCAACGCUUUAACCACUAGGCUACCUGCUGCCUAUCUAUUUGCUAAUUUUGACCUUUCCUCUGCCUCUUGUGGUGGUCAAUAUUAAUUUCACUAAGAUAUUGUCAUAGGCUGUCAUGUAUAACGGCUACACAAUAGCAGAAGGCAUCCUUUUGACUUUUUUAUAUUCUAAUUCGGAACUCUUUUUGUCAAACACUUGGUGUCAAAUCAAAUCUUCUUAGUAUUUGAAAAAAAACAAUCAGUUGGAUCUAAACCUUCAAGAUGCAUUUAGUGCACCAAGACUUGUACUUAGUGUAAGGUGAUUUGAGUAAGCCGAUAUAUAUAUAUAUAUAUAUAUUCAAAGGUACGGGAGAGCAUUCCAUAUAGCUCUCAUUUCCUGUUGCAGGGGGACUGGAUCAACUAUAUUUACGUCAAGGGCUGCAUCCCAGCCUUAGAGGAAUGGCUUCCACGGAAUCUCUACAUAGUAGCUGGAGUAUUCAUCAUUAUAUCUCUGCUUCAGGUAAAUAUAUCUAUAUUGAAAUUAGACUACAUGUUUAUAUGCUUAUGGGAUUCAUAUCUAUUGUUAGCUAAUGCUGUAAAUUCUUCCCCCUUUUCAGAUGAUGGGCAUCUUCUUGGCUCGGACACUUAUUGUCGAUAUUGAGAAGGUCAAGUUUAACUACUAGUGAGGGGUGUGGUGGAAUGCAUAGGCCUACAGGGUACAGUACUGAGAGAGAAACUAUCCACCAGCCAUUCCACCCUCUCUCUGAUCUCCCUCUCUGAGACCUGGCAAGGGAUGAGAGAAGAGGACAAAUACUUCUUCCAUACCUAUGGCUUGUUAUCUUUGGACUGUUCUGUCAGUCUCUGCACAGUGGAUAUGAAGCUGCCUUAUUCAACUAGACUCUUAUGUGCCUUCUCUCACAGGAUUGCAGUCAGACUUCAAGGAACCUCUUUAAAAAAUACCCCUGAGUUUCCCUUUAAAUAUGUUUUUGUAUUAGAUACAUUCUUGUAUUGUUUGCCUCAGACACACUGAACAUCUUCCUCUCUUUCCCGGGAACAGUGUCUUAACCAAUAUACCCAGGUAGAAUCCUGGGUGAAUACAUCAUACCUCAACAAUGAUCCAAAAACAACAUUGAAGUCGUCAAAAGUGUUCAAACGGUGUGCUCUCUGGCCUGCAGCAUUCCAUGACUAGAAUGGUAGGAUUUCAGACUGGGCGAACAGUAAGAGUUGUCUACCACAUCAGUGAAGCUGUAAUUGCUCCGAUAUGAGACUUUGCCCUAGAGCUCUUUCUGAACCAACAGGAUCUCAGCAUCUCAUUGUGUGACGGCUAAUCUCGUCCACCAGCUGGCGCGCUCUCCAUCUAGCGUUACCCUUAGAACCUCCCCCUACAUUGUGGACAUCAAAGCUCGAGCAGCACGUGAUUUAAACAAGGAAGAGAGUUCAGAAAAUCUGAAAGUACACGUCUUUAGAAAUAGUUUUCACAUAUCAACUUUAUAUCCCGAACUCCGAAUCAAUUGAGCUUCUCAAAAAUAUGGUCAAUGUGAUAGAGCCUUUAUAUUGAUUGGUGAUUUUUGCCAUAUUUCAGUUUAAUCUAACACAGCUGUAGCAGGCUCGCCCUCUCACACCUCGAUUUUAACCACACCCCUUUCGAAUCCUGCUUUAUUGCACAGUGUUACCAGGCUCUAUGUGACAGCAAUUUUAGCCUGGGGAUGAGGUUAUGUGACAGGCUUUCAACUGGAACCCCCAUUGUCCCUUACCUCUCAGCUAAACAUUGGGAAAAUUCUGUUAGCUCUUAACCAUUUUGAAUUAGUCUGCAGCCUUUCAAACCCACAUGUGCACUGCUGAACCUCUGACCUGUUGUCAAUCAAGCCGUCUCUUUUCUGAGUCAUUUGUCUCACAUAACUUGUCAUACAUACUUGUCAGUCUACAACGUGCAUCAAAUGCUUCUGAGCAGAAUAAGUUAAGUAUUGAUCAUUUAGAUACAUACAAUUUUCCUUAAGGGAAAGAUAAUUGUGGAUUCAAUGUGUAUGUAGAUAGUUGACAUGUUUUAUUUUGAUCAGUGUUCGAUGACCCCUAAGUGAAGUAUUAGUUAGCCCUCAGAGUAGCAGAGUUUUAUUAUUUUGCUGUUGUGAUGAUGGGGCUUCCCGAUGGCACUUUAUGGAGAAAAUAUACAAUUACAAAUGUACUCUCCUCUCAUUCCAGAUUAUAUACCUCAACAAGGCACCCAGCAAUCUUCCAAGUGAACCCUGGCCUAACAUUAUUCAAAGCGUUCCGAAUGCGUAUUUGGCAGAGGUGUUUGCCUCAAGCCAGUUAACUGCCAGUCCCUCCACACAUUGAGCUUGCUUUACCGCCAUCCUGUCCAAAGAUACUCUGCUGUCCUCGUACUAGAAAGGGGAGCUUUACAGAGCCAUCUAUGGCAGGGUUGUGGAAUGUUGAGUCAGGAUAUCUUUGAUGGGGUUUUACAGCUGAUGAAUGCUGGAGUUGAGCUAUAUAUCAUAUGUUACAAGAUCAAAGAGGCAAAUGAAACCAAUGGAGUAGAAGGUCAUUCAGGCCUUCAACUCCUGAUCUGGUGGUGAAUGUAUGUCAUGUAGUUUGACAAUUCUUUGUGUGUAGUGUGUGUUACUGAUUGUUUCCAUGUAAUCAUAUGUGUUUUUAACAAAAAGGGACCUUUUUCAUAUGUAGAUGUUAUCUGUUUUACUUAAUGACAUUUUGUAAAUGUGAAUUUUCUUGAUAGGUUUUUAUAAGCAAUAAAGUAUGUUUGUCCAUUUUGUUAAACAGAGACAGUGUAGCAACUUUGAUGGGGGUGGGUGCCACAAAGAAUCUGAGCUCAUCACGAGGGGCUGCAGUGGCUUGCGGGCCUGCAUACCCACAUCCAUUCACACACAUGCAGUCAGAGCUGGCCCUGAAGAGAAAUGUUUGCAGUUUUUAA